AUGAGACGUAGGCGAGGCCGAAACUGCCGUCACCUUCAGCCUGGUUUAGAGUACCUCCUGAAAAAGCAAGGUUAUGUGCAAUUCAAUGGAAACGUAAAGCUUACGUUCUUUGCUGUUCUUUGCUCCGCCACCACUCACCGUAAGACCAAGAUUGAUUUUUCAAGCAGUUUUGUGUUCGGCCAAGAUAUCGCGAAUAGUGCCAAGGCAUCUUGCAACAGCCUGAUCCUGAUACUGGGCUAG